AUGCAUAGAGUACACCUAAAAGAGUUGGAUUUAAAAUUGAGUUCAAAAAAACCUAAUUUUGACUGGCCGUAUUUUUUUGAUAAUCCUCAAAAAUAUGAACAAUUCGAGGAUGCUUCUGAAAUUGAAAAAGCUAAGGAUAAAAGAUACUCUGCAGACUUUAUACCUCUUCAUAAGAACAUUCCUAGCAGUUCAUCUAAAGUUAACCGUCUACCUUUGCAGUAUCCACAAGACGCAGAUAAUCCUGUAUUUGGUGAUCAAGCAUUUUUUUCAUUUAUACUUAAUGAUUAUUUCGAUAGAAAUAUUGAAGAUGAUCCGACACUAUUCAAAGGUCUUCAUUGGGGAAAGGAAUUUGACAGCGAGUUUUCCACCAAAGGUAGAGAUGCAAAACGUAUAAGACGUUUAGAAAAUAACAAUCUGAAUGAUAAAAGCUUUGAUACAUCGGUGAAUUUGGAGACUUACGGAGAGCAAAAACAAAAUAUUGGUAGUUAUUCGAAAGUUAAACAGCAUAAAUAUCCAGAAACAUGUAAGGGAUUUAAGGACUUUGUUGAAAAAUUUGCACAGAAAUUUGGAUCAAGGAAUAAUGAAAACAACGCAAAAUCGUUUGUGAGUAAAGGCGAAGGCCAAAAUAACGAAAAAUCUCAAAAAUACACAAACCCAAAAGAUGAAUUUCAAGAAACCGGUGAAUUAUUGGAAGAAUUACUAACAAACUAUAACGAUGGCAACGUUGAUGAAAAAGAUACAUUUUCGACAACUAUUAGUGAUUUUGAACAUUUUUUAAAUGCGCACGAAAGUCCAUCCACAAAUAAAGAUACCGAUGACAAGAUUUUGUUAGGCAAAUACGCAGCAAGCCGUUUAAGUCGAUUUAGAUAUGUGGCCAAAAAUGCAGCGUUGGUUAAUAAUGCAGAUUACAUAGAUACUUCUGAAUACGCUAUAUAA